AUGUUGCUAUACCCACAAAUACCAGAGCUUCUUGUCCCUAUACACAGCACCUUUGUCGGCGAUAUCCAUUGUGCUGCUAGAUUACCAUAUCUGGUAUUUUCGUCGGGGGACCCAGCCUCGUAUUUCAAGGCUCAGCAGCUGAGGCCGAAACUAAUUCCCAAGGGAUAUCUGUCGCGGUUGACUGCAAACAGCAUGAAAAGUGGGAAAAGUAAUGGGAAGUCCGACAUUGUAAGAACCGCAGGCCAGUCGACUUCGAGUUCCCGUCGCGUCGCUCAAGAUACUCCCUCGGUCGUUUCGGCAGGACAAGGAGGUACCGGGGUUGAAGAAGGGAGAAUUAGAUCGGAACGUGUCGCUAUUAGAUCGGCCUCUCCUUUGGAAUCCGAUAAUCCAAGCCAGUCUGCCUUGGAGAGGCGAAAGGCUCAGAUCGUCGAUAAUGUCAUGGCCAUUAUAAUGGAAUGGCUUGACAGAACUAUUCCACUUCAAGAAGGCGAUGGCGCCAAUCGCUCUAGGGGUUCUACUGGCGGGAGAGGCAAGGGGAGCGGCGGUGGCUGCAAUAGCGGACACCGCGAUGAUCCCGAUGAAGACAAGGAGAAUCAAGGCGGCAGGAAAUCGAACAAGCGCCAGCAGAGAGAUGAAUCUCCGGACGGCAGUGGUGCCGGAGGCGAUGGACGGCGUGGGGGGAAAGCCCCAAAGCGAGCGCGGAAGGAUGGUGGGGACGGAGAGCGAAAACUCGCAUGCCCCUUUUAUAAGCAUGACCCUUCCAGGUGCACCAAGUCAACGGCAUGCGUUCAUCCUGGAUUCCCUUCCAUUCAUCGAUUGAAGGAGCAUCUCUACCGCGUUCAUAAGAUCUCAAAACACAUCUGCCCAAGGUGCAGAAAGGACUUCGCAAGUGAUAAGGCAUUCGACGCCCAUCUUCGAGAUGAUGUGAGAUGCGAGAAGGUCGACGUCAUGCCAUUGUAUGGUAUCAAUGAAGCCCAAGAGAGAGCUCUUCGUGCUCGUCCUGGUAAGGAGAAGGGAAGCGAGGCGGAGAGGUGGAAUGAGAUUUACAAAAUAAUCUUCCCCGAUGCUCUAGACCUACCUACACCCUAUUACGAGGAGCAGCCAUCCAUUAUCGGCAUAGAACAGUAUCUCCGUAAGGAGAUACCCCCUCUGAUACGACGCGAGAUAGAAGAGGAGCUUGAACGGAAGCUCGAUUAUGUCCAAGACGAUAUGAAGCGCGUAGCUACAGACCUUGUCAUAAAGUGCGCGCGUCGCCUUAUCCAGUCCUAUGCAGGGAACAAAGAGGACAAAGACACAAGCGACUUGCGAGCGAGGUCAAGAUCACCAUGCAGGACGCCAGAUCGCAUCUAUCGCGAUCCUCCGCAGCCGCCACCGGAACCCACUCCUGAGAGUUCAGGAGAAUAUCUUGAGGAUAUACUCCACUGUGACCUAGGAGAUCUCAUCUGGAACAAUGUCCUUAUUGACCAACCGGGAUAUACCGAUUUCGAUAGUCCGGGUGUGAAUACUUCCUGGUAG